GCAUUUUUUUGCUGCACCACGGGAAAAUGAAAUAUCACUGGAGCACAAAUUCCGACUCUGCUACUGAAAAACAACAACUUCUAUGCGAUAUGUCAUGUGGCCGUAAAGUUACGUUUGUAUCCAGCACAGAAUCACCGAAAGCAGUGAACCCGGAGUCCGGUAACUGGCGCUUAAGGCACAGUGUGGGAGCGGAAAAUAAAAUGCUGCCUGAGCGCGGACGCCCUUUCGCCGAUCGCAGCCGUGCAGAAGCGCCUGUUGAAGGCUUGCAUGCUCGCCCGGGAUGUGGGGACCAACGGCUCGUCAUGGGUCGAUCUGAAGGUGUGCAUAAGCAAAAGGGAAACGUGAAAACAGACGAGAACUGGGGACCCGGCGAGCGCAUGACUUGCGGGGAAAACCGUACCGGUUGUAUCAGAGAGGCCAGUCAUCGCUGCGCUGCCUUUCGCCAAAUGACUGCGCACAAUCCGUGCAACAUGAAUUGCGAUAACAAGGGAUCCGCAGCCCAGAGUUCCGCUGGUCGAAAUGUAGCUGAAACGGACACUGAUGGAGGCUCUAAAUGCCGUUUCACUUGGAACGGAGGGGGAAAGUUGAAAUUUAGUGCAUGGAGUUGGUGGGCGUUUGUCAUUUUCCAUACCCACGUGUUGAAAGCCCUCGCUGAAGGUCCUCAUGGCAUGGCUGAGAUUGGUUGCAGCAACAUCAGAGGGAUGCAGGGACUUAAACAUGAUGCGGUUGACAGAAGUCGAAGGAACCUCAGUGGAGGAAAAGCCACUGCAGAGAGCCUAUCCUGGAAAGAACAGAGGAUGUACAGGAAAGUGCAGAGGAUGAAAUCUAAUAUUGUGUAGAACUUCCUUCAGGGACCCUCGGGGAUCUUGGGAACUUGUAUUCAGUUCAUGGAAUUAGCUUUUGUUGGAAAAAUUGUUGAAGGCUCAGGAGGACUGUGAUUAGCUAUUGUGGUUUGUAAUCUCUAAGCCUUUACAAUAGAUAAAAGGACUCACAAGCUAAACCCUUUGAUGGCUAGUGUGAGCUUCAUGACCCCUAUAAUGUAAGUCUGUUUGCAACGGAUGUGUUAUUUAACAUGCAUGGCAACUAAUUUUCAGUGAUU